AUGAAGUGUGUUCUAUUCCUAACUGUCUUGGCCUUCUCAUCGGCUCAAGAGUUACCGACACUUCCGAAUGUUGGAGCUGUUACCUCGUCGCAGCCACAAGGAUCACCCUUGGAGGCUCUGACGCAACUUCUGGAUGAUCUCCUCGAACGUUUGGGCCUGCCGACCGUCGACCCUGAAGCCGUUACCUUGCCACAAGCUGUUUCCAACCCAGGAGGCCCCAUCAUCACCGACCGUAAGAAGCGUGACGUUCUUUCUGGAGUCACUGGUCUCCCAACUGGUGCCCCAUCAGUCGAGAGCUUGGUCGAUUUCCUGAACCAAAUCUUGGAAACCCUGAGCUUGCCAACUGUUGACCCAGAAUCUGUCACCGCUCCAUCAGGCGUGUCCAACCCUGGAGGUCCCAUCAUCGCUGAUCGCAAGAAACGUGACGUCUUUAGCGGUGUCACUGGUCUCCCAACUGGUGCCCCAUCUGUAGACUCUCUCGUUGAACUCCUCAACCAGAUUUUGGAAGCUUUAAGCCUCCCAACCAUUGACCCAGAAUCCGUCACCGUUCCAUCUGGCGUUUCAAACCCGGGAGGCCCAAUCGCUGACCGUAAGAAACGUGAUGUUCUUUCUGAAGUAACUGGUCUCCCAACUGGUGCUCCAUCCGUCGACACUCUGGUCGAGCUUUUGAACCAACUUUUGGAAGCCUUGAACUUGCCCACCGUCGACCCAGAAUCGGUCACCGUACCGUCUGGUGUGUCCAACCCAGGAGGUCCAAUCAUCACCGACCGCAAGAAGCGUGACGUUCUCUCUGGAGUAACUGGUCUCCCAACCGGUGCCCCAUCAGCCGGAAGCUUUGUCGAUUUCCUGAACCAAAUCUUGGAAGCUUUGAACUUGCCAACUGUCAACCCAGAAUCCGUCACCGUUCCAUCUGGUGUCUCCAACCCUGGAGGUCCAAUCGUCACUCGCGCCGCCAGAGUCCAAGCCUAA